GAAAGCGAGCGGUUCAGGGGGCGGUUACCACCUCUACCGGACUCGCCCGGCACGUUGCCGGGCCCUAGUGUGGAGCCGGGAAGGAGCAGCGGUCGCGCUGCGCCAAGGGGUAUAAGAGGUGAAAGAUAUUCAUCCCCUUGAAAGCUCAACAUCCAGUGGAAAGGAUGCUCCAGGAUGAAACGCCAUAGAAAUAUCAGCAGCAGUGACAGUUCAGAGGACAAUCCUUCCACUUCCUCUACUUUCGGCUCAUUGUAUAGGAGCAAGUCAAAAAUGCCAAAUGAACGCAAGAAGCCUGCCGAGGUAUUCCGGAAGGACCUUAUCAGUGCCAUGAAGAUUCCAGACUCUCACCAUAUUAACCCUGACAGCUAUUACCUCUUCACGGAUACAUGGAAGGAAGAAUGGGAAAAGGGGGUCCAAGUACCAGCCAAUCCAGACACUCUUCCACAGCCUUCCGUCAGGGUUAUGGCCGACAAGAAAAAGGAGGUCCUAUUUGUCCGGCCCCGAAAAUAUAUCCAGUGCUCCAACCCAGAGACCUCAGAGCCUGGCUACAUCAACAUCAAGGAGCUGGCAGCAUCUGUGUGCCGCUAUGACCUAGACGACAUGGACAUCUUCUGGCUCCAGGAACUCAAUGAAGACCUCACUGCAAUGGGUUAUGGGCCAGUUGAUGAGAAUCUUAUGGAAAAGACAGUAGAAGUCCUGGAACGCCAUUGCCAUGAAAAUAUGAACCAUGCUAUUGAGACAGAGGAAGGGCUAGGCAUAGAGUAUGAUGAAGAUGUGAUCUGUGAUGUGUGCCGGUCUCCAGACAGUGAAGAAGGGAAUGAUAUGGUGUUCUGUGAUAAGUGUAACAUCUGUGUGCAUCAGGCCUGCUACGGCAUCCUCAAGGUCCCAGAAGGCAGCUGGCUGUGUCGCUCCUGUGUCCUGGGCAUUCAUCCACAAUGUCUGUUAUGUCCAAAGAAAGGUGGAGCCAUGAAGACCACCAAAACAGGGACUAAAUGGGCUCAUGUCAGCUGUGCCCUAUGGAUUCCAGAGGUCAGCAUUGCUUGUCCUGAGAGAAUGGAACCAAUCACAAAGAUCUCCCAUAUUCCGCCCAGUCGGUGGGCCUUAGUCUGCAGCUUGUGCAAGUUGAAGACAGGUGCUUGUAUUCAGUGCUCAAUAAAAAGCUGCAUAACUGCCUUCCAUGUCACCUGUGCCUUUGAGCACAGCCUAGAAAUGAAGACCAUCCUAGAUAAGGGGGAUGAAGUAAAGUUCAAGUCAUACUGCCUCAAGCACAGCCAAAGCAGGCAAAAGCUCAGGGAGUCUGAGUACCCCCUACACAGGGCUUCAGAGCAGAGCCAGGCCAAGAGUGAGAAGACCAGCCUGCGGGCACAGAAGCUUCGGGAGCUGGAGGAGGAGUUCUAUUCCAUGGUCAAUGUGGAAGAUGUAGCCACAGAGCUGGGGCUGCCCGUGCUAAUUGUGGACUUCAUCUAUAACUACUGGAAGCUGAAGCGGAAGAGUAACUUCAAUAAGCCAUUAUUUCCUCCAAAAGAGGAAGAAGAAAAUGUCCUGGUACAGCCAAGGGAAGAGAGUGUUCACACUCGCAUGAGAAUGUUUAUGCACCUACGGCAAGACCUAGAGAGGGUCCGAAACCUGUGCUACAUGAUAAGCAGACGAGAAAAGCUGAAACUGUCAUACAACAAAUUACAAGAACAGAUCUUUGGUUUGCAAGUCAAGCUUGCUAAUGAGGAAAUUGCUGCAGGACUUCCUGUGACAAAUGCACUAGAAAAUUCAUUGUUUUACCCAUCACCAAGAAUUACCUUAAAGUUAAAAAUGCCCAAAUCAGCCACAGAAGAUGGCAGUAACAGCUCCACAGAGCCUGAUCAUGGACCUCUCUCUCCUGAUGACAGCUCCCCUGUUUGUGAUAUGAGGAGCAUGCAGGUGGCUCAAGAUUCACUGGAAAUGAGAAUGAAGUCAUACCCAAAGCAUCCACAAGAGAGCCAGACUGACUGUUUACUGACCAGUAUCAGCGAUGAUAGAAGUGAAGCAGAGGAUCCCAGUCCUGCUUGCAAACUGCCAUCUCCUGAGUUCUAUCAUGGGCAGUCUCUGGGAAAGCCUCUGGUCCUUCAGGCUGCCCUGCAUGGACAGUCUUCCAUUGGGAAUGGGAAAAAUCAACCUAAUCCCAAGUUUGCCAAAUCCAAUGGCCUAGAGGGCACCUGGUCUGGGGAUGUCACCCAAAAAGACAGCUCAGGUGAGAUGUUCUCUGACCAGGAGCCCAUGCUCAGCUCCCACUUGGGUAGUCAGGGCAGCCUUAGAAAAUCUGUGGAGCACCUCAGCAGGUCCUUUAGGGAGGUCACCAGUAAGUGGAUGAAGACCACAGAGAACCUCCAGUGCUAUGUGAAGGCAACCAAGAAUAUUAACCCCAAAGAGCAGCUUUGGGGCAAGCAGCUUGUCAGGCGGUCUGCAGGGAGAGCUCUGUAUCAGGAGAAUGAUGGGUAUUGCCCAGAUGUGGAGCUGAGUGAUUCAGAAGCAGAAAGUGAUGUGAAUGAAGAAAAAGUCAGGGUAAAGAGAGAGAGUUCAGACAGGGAAGAUCCUCCCCAUGAUUCCAAAUGGGAUUGCCAUGGUAAAAGCAAGACAUAUCCUCUUUCCCACAGUUCAAUGCAGAGGUGAUUAGAAGUCCCAAGAAAACCUCCAUCUUUGCCUUUGCCUCAUAUAUUGGGGAAAACUCAUACACCAAAAUGACUCUAGUAUAUGUUGGAAGGAAUUGUAAAAUGGAUUAAAUUUUUCCACACUAAAAGACAUUUUUCUGCAUCCAAUAAGUUACAUAAUAAAAAAAUUAACACACCUCCCCCCCAAAAAAGAAAGAAAAUGUACAAGAGCAAAGAAAGUAUAUGAUCCAUGUUCUCAAACUGUUUUCUAAGAAACAAGAAGUACAUUUAACUGCAUGAGGAAGAAAAUGCAAGCAAUAAAAUUCUACUUUUUAAAGUUUUAAAUUUGCCAAUAUAUAAAAUGUAAAACCCUGCAGAAGAAGCUGCACUGAUAUAAUCACCAAAGAGGAUGCUCUUGGGGGCUCUCUGAUUCAAAACAGAAUACACACUCAGAUUCUACUGACAUCAAAGACAGACAAAAUCCCUACAAACACACUUUCAUAUAGGUAAGUUCUUCAAUGUCCCUCAGAUUGAUUUCACCUCCUCUGUGAAGAUUCCACCCUUGCUCACAUGAGGGUAUCCCACAGUCCUUUGAACUAUCAUAAAUUACUGCAUUGCAUUCUUAAGCAGAACUUCCCAGGUGUCUCUUUCCUAACACUUAAGUUACUUGAAAUUUGGGAUUUUUCUUCCCUUCAUCAUUCAUUUUGUCACUCCUCAGUACCUGGUAUCAGGCUUCAGAUACCCUGGAUUUCCAUAAAGUUGAAAGGUAAUUAUAUAGUUUGUAUUUAUAAGGUAUAGAUAUUCCUGCAUUCAAUUCCUGAUUUCAUUCAUUAUCAUCUGAGUGACUAGGGGCUAACCCUAAUCUCUCCACUCCCUCAACUAAAGCAUUGGGACAAGAAUCCUGGCCUUGGAGGUUCUUUUACGGGUACUCAGGGAAGUAAGUAGUGGCAUGGAACAGAAAUGAUCUCAGCAGAUUGUCUGAUUUUGUGAAUUAUCAUGAUGUUUCAAAACCUUUCAAUAUACAUUACCUCCUAAAGAGAAAUACCCAUUGCCACUGGAUCAAUUCCCUUCUCCGGGUCUCAGUAUCUCCUUCUGUAAAUGAAGGACGUUAGGCUAGAUUUCAUCCAUCCCUUAGUGAGCCUUCUUUCUGAGAAAUUUGUUUUCAGGUGUCCCUGAGGAAUGGUCCAAAGAGCAUUAUUCUUUUCUCUGACCGGCUUGUCGCUAGAGGACUAGCACAGUCAU